CGAGUUGAGUGACGGGAGCUUGAGCCAGUCAGAGCUGCAGCGUGGCGGCUCUGGGGGGAAGGCGGGAGAUUCGAAUUGCAGCGACCCGAGUUGGUCCUCGGCGCGUCGGGUGGGCGAAGCAAGUGAUCUUGGUCAGCAGAAGAAUUGCCCUGAGGAGUUGCUGUGUUCGCUGCCUGCUGUCAUGGGGGCUUCCGAGAGCUCUCCAGCAACACCCACCUGCAAGCCUCUGCUGAAUAAGCACCUGCAACACGUUAGUGAUCCACGAUCACCUACAGCUGGGAUCCUGAGAACUCCCAUAGAGGUGGAAAGCUCCCCACAAGCGAGUCCCCUGUCCGAUCCAAAGGACGUUGGCUUGGUACCCAACAACCAGAAUCUUAGCUGCGACCCUCGUUCCCCAACACCUGGUGUCUCGCGUACUCCCGUGAAACCUGUGGAGCCAGACACCAUAAACUGUCUGGUGAAGCAACUCAGCAGAGUCUUUGUAGCAGAGGACUUGGAGGGAGAUAUCUUUCUGGAGGAGUCUUGCCGUGAAAGUCAGAAGUCUGAAGCUGCCCUUGUGACAGAGGAGGCUUCCAGGGGAAAAGAUUCUCCAGGAGAAGCAUCCCAGGAGAGUCCCCUGUGGGCAGAGGAGAGAGAUGAGCCACUGCCCUCCAACGCUUCUGCUGCAGCUGCAACAAGAACAGCUCCCCCUGUCGGUGUUCUUCAUCCAACAGGGAGCAGAACGACAAGGCACAGAGCCAGCAGCAAGAUACUGGCAAUGUCAACAGGUGCUGGACGUUCUCCCCUAAGUGUCUUGCAGGACGACAAUUCCCCGAAUUCCCUUGCUUCUCAUCAGAGUAAGAGGCGACCGUCAGCGGCCGAUAACCAAGGAGAGCGCAAGGAAGGCGUGUUAAAUUCUGGACGGGGCUUCAAAACAGGCAUCUACAGCUGGGAUUCCUUGAACAAAGAGAAUCAGCGUCAUUUGGUUGAAAACUAGUCUCCUUCAGAUGCUCCAGGAAUUUCUGGCCCCUGGAAGCUGCAGGAAGGAAACUCUGAAGACUCGAGGAUUGUGGCCGUAUCAUGGGAAAUACAGCCUUUGCCUCCCUGCUAACUGGUUUCCCUCUCACUGCUUCUGUUCUCAGUAAAGGAGUUGCUCUUUAUAUAGUUCUCUCAUCUCUAGCUUCAUAUUUAUGUUUUAUCUUGUACAGACUCUAAUAGGUAGCUCACCUUCUGAAAUGUCUGCUGCUGCUAUCAAAUUUCUGUGUUUUCUUUCUUGUGUGGAAAAUAAACUUUCGCUUUUGAUUGA